AUGAAGUUUGACAAAGUUGUGGACAUAUUGGGAGGAUUUGGUACCUAUCAGAAACGUUUGUUUCUCAUGUCGUGUAUACCUUCAUUUUUAGAUGCUCUAUUAAUAUUAUCGUCGAUUUUCAUAUUGGCUAUACCAAAUUAUAGAUGUCGACUUCCUAAAGAGUUUAAUGAUACCAAUUAUUACCCAAACGAUGAUGUCACGGAGUAUUAUGUAAACCUAACGAUACCGCGGAUAGAAGACAAAUGGUCUGGUUGUCAGAGAUAUAUCAACCUCAGUACCAUUGACGAUUAUCCAGUGUCGAGCCAAAAUUAUUCUACUACAUCUUGUAAUGAAUGGGUGUACGACACAUCAACAUUUGUAGACACCUUCAUAACGCAGACCAACAUGGUGUGUGACAAAGCAGUAUACAGGUCCCAUGCCAAUAUGGUUUUAAUGGCUGGCAUCAUGGUUGGCUCGUUGGCGUUUGGACUUUAUUCCGACAUGUUUGGAAGAAGGAUAGCUGCUAUUACUUCUGGAGUGUUGUGUAUUGCAAGUUCUUUUGGAUUGGCAUUUGCUUCUUCAUUUUGGAGUUUUGUGGUAAUACGGUUUAUCAAUGGUAUGGCAACAAUUGGUUCGCAUAUGGCCUGCUUUGUGUUAGUAAUGGAGUUGGUGCCUUCAUCAAAGAGAACCUUUGUUGGAGUGGUACAACUAUUUUUUUGGUCUUUUGGAUUAUUUACGUUAUCAUUUCUAGCGUAUUUCAUAAGGACUUGGCAAUAUCUGCAGAUAGCUAUAUCAGUACCAUGUCUACUGUAUAUCUUCAUAUUCUGUUUCAUGCCAGAAUCACCAAGAUGGUUGUUGACUUGUGGUAAACGUAAAAAGGCAGAAGAUAUUUUACGAAAGGCAGCCAAAGUAAAUAAAAUAGAACUUACUGCUCAACUAGAUGAAGUUUUAGACAUUAAAGAUAACGACCAACCACAGUUACAGAUAUGGGAAAUGUUUACAUCACCUAUUUUAAUAAUAAGAUCCUUAAUUAUUUUCUUAAAUUGGAUUGUUGUGAAUAUGGUUUUCUAUGGGCUAGGACUAAACGUGGGUAAUCUUGGUGGAAAUAUCUAUUUGAACUUUACUAUAAGCAAUGUUGUAGAAACUAUAGCAUAUGUGUUGUGUCUGUUGUUAUUGGAUAGAAUGGGACGAAAAACUUUACUUUGUACCAGUAUGUUGGUCGGUGGAAUUGCCUGUUUAUGUACCAUAUUUCCUGUUUUAUACGGAAGCAAAGGUAAUUUUUGGAUGAUAAUUGCCUUAUCUAUGGUGGGGAAAUUAGGAGCAUCUGCAGCAUUUGUCAUUAUAUAUAUUUUUACUAUUGAACUAUUUCCAACUGUUGUUCGUAAUUCUAGUCUGGGUGUCUGUUCCUUUCUAGCAAGAAUUGGUGGACUGGCAUCACCGUAUAUUGCAGAUUUGGGAACACUCAUCUCCGGUGACAUAGGUACAGCUUUACCAUUGAUAGUAUUUGGUUGUUCAUCAGUUGUGGCCGGUAUACUCUCACUUUAUUUACCAGAAACAUUACGUAAAACUCUCCCGGAAACCAUUCAGGAUGCCAAAUAUUUUGGAAGGUAG